AUGGCUUCUUUACUGAAUCAGCAAGAGAGUUAUUACCAAGAUCCUGUGUCCCAGCCUUACUACAAUCAACAGAUUCCUAAUCCGGUUGUCAAUCAUAUGGAUGGCCGUUCUCCCUACUAUCAUGAAAAUGGGACCUCUCCUGGUUAUUCUGGCUCGACAGAACCAGUGUCAAAUGGAUACUAUUCCCAAGAUUCAAUUGGGCCAGACACAACAGCCAACACAUCUAUAGGGCCAAACUCAAAUAUAGUGCAGCCUGUAGGACCAAUUCCUGGUGCUGUUGGCCAGGUUCAUAUUCCUCCGGCGCCAGUUGAGGCUCCUGCAGAGCAGCCGUUCUAUGUCAAUGCUAAGCAAUAUCAUCGUAUCUUAAAGCGCCGAAUUGCCCGUGCUCGCUUAGAAGAAACUUUGAAAAUAGCACGUACCCGAAGACCUUAUCUCCAUGAAUCCAGACACAAGCACGCAAUGAGGCGUCCUCGUGGUCAGGGAGGACGUUUUUUAACGGCAGCCGAAUUGGCAGAGAAAGAACGCUUGGAGAAGCUCAAGGAAUCCGAGGGUGCGCUCGAUCAAGGACCCAAUGGUGAAGGCAUAAAUGGGUUGCCGCAUGAAACCAAUGAAGGUGGUUUGGAGCUGCAAAGUACCCACGCGCAGGACUCGAGUGCAGAAACGAGCUGA